AUGUCUACCGCACGCUUCGCUCCUCUCCUGAGAACUCGGGUGGCAGUUCCCACUACUAGCUACCAGGCAAUUCGUUCUAUCUCUGCCACCGCAUCAUACAACAAGGGAGCUGUGGACGCAACUAAGGACACCUUAAAGAAAGCCGAUCGGGCUGUUUCCGAUGCUGCUGUCAAGGGCAUCAACAAGGGUGAGCAAGCCGCCCACCACCUGAAGGACGCCGUCGGUGCCGGAGCCCAGCAAGCAAAGGAGAAGUCUGGAGAUGUGAAGGGCGAGGCCGCCGAGCUUGCAGGCAAGGGCAAGGGCAAGGCCGAAGAGGCAAUGGGCGAGGCCAAGGGCAAGGCAAAAGAAGCAGCGGGCGACGUUGAAGCCAAGGCUAAGGAGGCCAAGAGCCGCCUUUAA